UCGCGCAGAAGAUGAGGACGACGAACGCGGUGACGAUGCUGGACCCCUUCCAGGAGCUGUACGGCCCCUGGAUGGGGCUGCUGCUGUGCGUGCCGGCCGUGUGCGGCGAGGUACUCUGGACGGCCGCCGUGUUGGCCGCGCUGGGUGACACGGCGGGCGCCAUGAUGGAAGCAGACUCGCAACUCUUCAUCGUCAUUGCCGCGACGACCAUAUUGUUUUACACCGCGCUGGGAGGCCACUACUCCGUCGCCUACACCGACGUCCUCCAGCUAUGCACCACGGCAGUAUUCUUGUGGGUGUGCGUGCCGUACGUCCUGAAAGGCCGCGGCGUGGGAACUGUGACCGGUCCGCAGACUGACUGGCUCGGCCACAUUCCGAUGGCGGACGCCGGCCAGCUGUUCGACGCCUUUCUUAUGACCGCUCUCGGAGGCAUCCCGUGGCAGGUCUAUUUUCAAUGCAUACUGGGCUGCAAGAGCGACUUCGCCGCCGAGGUACUUUCCUAUGUGGCCGCCGUAGGAUGCGUCUUCAUGGCCUUGCCACCGAUGAUCAUCGGAGCAGCAGCUAGGACGACAAACUUCACGGCAGCGGGCUACCCGGGCCCGUGGCAGCUGAGCGACAAGUCCAGCGUGUUGCCGCAGUCGAUCCGCUACCUGACUACGCCCGUGGUCUCCAUCAUGGGCAUGCUGGGCAUCACGGCGGCCGUCAUGUCGUCCGCCGACUCGUCCAUGUUCAGCGCCUCCGCCAUGGUCACCAAGAACGUCUACCACGUACUCAUACGGCCGGACGCGUCCGAGACGGAAGUGGCCGUGAUUCUGCGAAUCGCGGUCUGCUUGAUCGGCGCCUCGGCCACCUACCUGGCGCUGUCGGUGCAUUCGGUGCUCGAACUGUGGACACUGUGCUCGGACGUGGUGUACGUGCUCCUCUUCCCGCAGUUCGUGUGCAUCUUCUACCUCAAGGACACCAACACCUAUGGCUCUAUCAUAGGAGGUUACCGAGUACGAGCAGACCAAGACAGGUGCGGAGAGCGUCAGGUCGGAGCUGACCAAUAGGAGCGAGCGCUCGCAGAUGCCUGCUGGGAGGUCGCGCGCGACGAGCGUGGCCGCGUUAGACACGUCCGGCAAGAGCGAUCGCAGCCAGAGAACGACGGGCUCGAACAGACGACGCAAGUCUAGGGCUGCUGCGGCUUCCGCAAGGACGCCCGAGAGGAGCAAAAGGGGUGGUCGCGUCGGCAAGCAUCGGCAGCCCCACGCCAAGAAGGCAAUCAACGAGACGCAGAUGACCAUCAAGGAAGCGGAGAUAUCCGGUUCCUCUCGGAGGGGGCGGCAUGGCAGCAGGCUCCCGCACAAAUAGUGCCUGUGGGGGAGCGAACGAGCGGGCGCGGUUGCUUCCUGGACAAUACGGUUCUUCGAUGCCAGCGCGGUAGCACACCCCCUGUCCUGGACCGGGACCAUGCUGUGCCGCCUGCACCGCUGUACCAAGGACGGUCGCACCCGGUCCUGGGGCGAAAUCGUGCUAAACCGCAGCAUGGUAUCAGCACCAAGGAAGGCCUCGCUCGCCGUUGAGCUUCGCCGUCUUCUUCUUAAUAUGUGUAUGUGUGUGUGAGAAGCCGGAUGCGUGUGUGUUGUGCCGGGUAACCGGGAUAGUAAAUGGACAGCGCGUUCAUAGCAAAGACACUGGCGAUGUGCUUGCCACAAGUGCGGAUGACAAUGACAGUGGUUCGGCGAACCAAAGUGCGGUCGCCAGGCACAUUCGUCUCGUGGAAACGUUAGUUCAGCGAGAACUCCCGUAUGUCUGGGACGACGACAGCCUGGGCGGGACGCUUUCUUCCAGCACGCAUUCGGUGGUGCAAACGUGGCUACCAAGAUCGCGCAUGCGCACCUCUGAGGCCACGGUACAAGCUGCCAGGGAGGCGUGCCCUUUGUGCCGACUUGGCUGGUUAAGGGGAAGAAUGGGCCGCGUGACUGGAAGCUAGGACGUCCAUCAAUUGAGCUAAAUUAGCUGUCAACUUAGCAUGCUGAACUGUGCAGGUUUCUGCAGGCACAGGACAGCCAAACGCUGUGCUUGUUCUAUACGUGGUCAACGUUAAUAAUUGCGCGUUAUUUGAAAUGAAUACCUAAGCGAAAAGUUCAGUCUUCCAGUUACUAAACUUUCGCUUAAAGCAUGGUCCCAAUUGGGGCGCCUGAUAAACAUCGGCUCGGUUAUGCACAAGGCUGUUUGAGACAUUGGAAAAUCACUUUGUAUAUGCAUAGGAGUCGGCUCAUCCAGCUGUCUGGUUUGGUAUAUAGAGGAAGUGGUCCAACGCAAAAAAAAGCAAUGAGUAUCUGGCGACUCUCUUAUACAUUACUCAUAUUAGAAUGGAGUGCGGUUACAAUCAUCGGGCACAUGUAAUUGCACAAACGUAUUAUCGCUAAUUCGCUCCCCUAUCGUCAUUGCACAAAUGUUUACCAUUGCAAACGUACUACAACGGGAUGUGCGAGAAUCCUUAAAACUGGAGUUUAGGGGACCGCCAAUUAUCGCCCGCACAAAGGAGCUGCUGGCACUCUAUUGCUUUUAGGCUUAGGCGUACGUGUAAUGCGCCGCAAUAUACGUUUCUACUUCUUUCUCCCGCAAACCACAAAUGGAAAACGUAAGACGUCGCUGCACAUUUUUACGCAUCUGUCCAAACGGAUAUGCCUGCUGGUGAGUUCUUCAGUAUAAGGCCGCUAACCUACCUGCACAUGCUGCAGUGCAUGCAGAUCAACAGGUGAGCUGCUCAGGUGCCUUAACAUUUUCAACAUUCCUGACGCAUCUGCGGUCUCUACUGGUGUGCUCCCUCCGCCUGAAGG